GAGCCUGCUUUUUUAACCUCACCGCCGAGGCUUGCGGCUCUUCGAGAACUGCCACACACAUACAUUCUUCCACCACCCCCUGACUCGGGUGGGCUCAGCUGAUCGCUUCCUCCUGUCACAUCAAGGAAUUCGUACCACCUACUGUAUUGAGGCAUCGAGACCAAUGUGAUUAUGAGUUUCAAAGCUUCGCUUGAAGACGUCCAGUCUCUGCUGUCUCACUCCAAUGGCUAGACUCAUUCCCCCGACAUCUACCUGAGGUAGACAAGCUUGUCGAGAUUGAGUUAGAGCACCUGAAAGUCCUGCUGCGUGUACCACCAUGCCUUUGAAAUGCGGGUUUCUACUUGGCCUAUUCCUAUUCGCUCUAUCUGGAGCAGCCGGCACAGAAGGAAACGAACGAGCAGCAGAAGCUGUUGGCUCCCUUCAUCUGUCGGAACUGCUGAGCACAUCCAGGCAGACGUCCAGAAUCAAGUCCGUAUUUGAACUGGAGAGGCAUCGGACCAAGAGGUCAGCGUUCUUCCACUCGGGGGUCAAGGUGUGCCCCCAGGAGACCCUCAGGGAGGUUAUAGCCAGUCACCAGGCCUACUACAAACUGAGAGUGUGUCAGGAGGCAGUAUGGGAGGCGUUCCGGAUCUUCUUUGACAGGAUUCCCGGCACCAGCGAGUAUCAGAGAUGGGUCCACACGUGUCAGCACGACUCUCUCUGCAUCUCAGACUUGGCCCAGAACUUCAGCAGCUCUGACGAGCACAUGGACAUGGUGUACAGGAGAAUGAACCUGCAAAGAGAAAAACUUCCAGAAAGGGAAGACAUAACAGUAGAGACAGUAACAGAGCCAUUACCAGAAGCAACAGAUGGAGUUCCAGAAAGAGAAGACACAACAGCAGAACCGGUACCAGAACCCAAACCGGAAGUAACAGACACAAUUCCAAAAAGACAAGACACAACACCAGAGGCAGGAACAGAGUCUGUACCAGAAACAACAGACACAUUUCCAGAAAGAGAAGAAACAACUGCACAGAUGGUAACAGAAGCUAUGCCAGAAACUACAGGCAGGCAUCCAGAAAGAGAAGAAACAACAGCACAGGUGAAGCCAGUUUCAGAUCCUGCACCAGUAAUAACAGAACAACCACAAGAGGUCCUAGCCCAGACUGAGGUGCCAGUAGACGUGCCCGAGCCCACAGCUCUCCCCCCCAGCAUCCCGACAGAACCCACAGGAAGCUCUGAAAACUCUGAAGAGGAAAAUAACGAACUCCCAGUGGAGGACUUGGACAUUCCCAACGUGGUGCCUGAGGAGCUGGUGGCUCAGAUAGUGGAGUUCAGCAUCAGCCUGGUGGACCCCGGCUACAGGGAACUGCUUGGUGAUGCUGAUUCGCCUCAGUACCAUGACCUUUCACGCCACCUACAAGACCAGAUGCUGCAUGUAUUUGAUGACUUCCCCGGGUUUAAAGACAUCCAAGUGCUGGGAAUCAGCGAGACAGAUGGGAAUGAUGGAUCUGGAGGAAUAUCAGUGCACUAUGCAGUCAUCUUUGAGAUUAUUGCAUCCGACAUUGGUGAGGACAGCCUGGAGGACGGAAUGGGUACAAGGAAUUCAGCGAGCAGACCUAGCCUGAGGGAGACAGUGACAAAAGCACUGGCUGAGGAGUCUUCCUUACCAAUCGACCUCGAUACGCUGACCUUUGAUCCAGGCAAGACCUUCACACCAACUCCAGGCUCUGAGGUUUUAGAAGUUGUUACAACUGAGUUUCCUGAGCCAGACAUUUAUUAUGACCCAGGCAUAUCGACAGAAAAGCCAGAAGCUGUGGAAAUUUCUCUUUCACCAGCUCAAGAUGAAAAUGAUCUGGAUACACUAUUAGAUUCAGCGGCCACUAAAGAACCAAGUGUCUCUCAAACAACACCACCAACAAGUGAACCUGAAGAGGAGCUUUUCAUCACCCACAUGAUUGAAACAAUAACAGUAGAAAAUAGUGAGCUUAUAAGAGACAUUUUCUCCACAGUCCCGACAAAAGUACUUACCAAAUACCCAAGCGAAGGGACUAGUGAAGAGGAGACAGAUUCUCCAGAUAUGGAUUUAACUCCAAACCUCAUUUCAGAGGAUGAGCUGCCUUUACCACCAAAUGAUGAACAACUUGACACCCAAAGAAAACCUGCCACUGUUAGCGAAGAGAGUCCCAACAUGAUUCCGGAGGAUGACGUCAUUUCAACAUCAGUCACCACAACACAGAUUUUGCUCACCACAGCGACAGUAACCCCUCCCCCUCAAGACAAGGAGUUACCAGUUACAACAGAUUCAGCUAUCACCUUACAGCCUCCUACUGAGCCAAUAGAGCCAAUUCCUGAGGAGGAAGAUUUAAACAUACUUCCAACCGAGGAGGAGACACAUAUGCCUGAACCAGACAAGGAAGACAAAGGGCCUGAGGAUACUAGAUCAGAAGUGACUAAACCAGUAAACAGGCCAGGAGGGGAUCAGAAACCUGAUGAAAAUGUGGAACCCACUGAAUCUGAAGACAUCUCAGUCGAUGAGGUUUCUGAAUUUGUCCAUGAAGCUGAUGUUUUAGAAUCUGAAGGCAAGGGUAAGGAAUCAGAUGAUGGGACAUUAGAUGCAAAGCCUAAAGAGGAAAAUGCAGAACAAGGGCAUGAAGUGUCUGAUCCAGUGGUUGACAUAACAGAACCUGUAGCAGUUGAGAAUACAGAACAAGAACCAGUAGAAAAGAUUGAAAUAAAUGUACCCAAAGAUGUUGUUGAGGCAACAGAACCCACAAAAGAAGUUGUGGUCACAGAUUCCAAUAAAGAAGUUGAUGUAAUACAACCCAAAGAAGAAGAUGAGGUAACACAAUCAAAAGAUGAAGUUGAGGUAACACAAUCAAAAGAUGAAGUUGAGGUAACACAAUCAAAAGAAGUUGAAGUAACACAACCAAAAGAAGUUGUUGAGGUAACACAACCCAAAAAAGAAGUUGAGGUAAUACAACCCAAAGAAGGGUCAGAGGAAUCAAUACCCCAAAAAGAGACUGAAGUAGUCAUACCCAAAAAAGAGGUUGAGGAAAUAGAACCCAAAGGAGAGGUUGAGGUAACAAAACCCGAAGAAGAGGUUGAGGUAAAAGAGUCAAAGGAAAACACUGACUUAGAUGAGCCUAGGAAAGAGACUGAGGUAACAGAAAUGAAAGAAGACAGUGAAGUAGAAGUACCCAAAAAAGAGACUGAGGUAGCAAAACCAAAUAAAGAGGUUGAGGCAACAGUAAUAAAAGAAGACAUUGCUGUGACAGAACCCAAAACAGAGGUAGCAGAAUCAGAGGUUGAGGAAACAGAACCCAAGGAAGAGGCUGGGCUGGCAGAACCUGACAUAGAAGCUGAAAAAACAGGCAAAGUGUCAGAACAUGAAGUACAGGUUAAAGAAACAGAACCAAGCAAAGACUCUGAUGUAACAGAAAUUGAGGGAGAAUCUGGAGCAGCAAAACCUGGCAAAGAAUCUGGGGUAACAGGGCCUGAAGAAGAUACUGCGGAACCCAAGGAUGAAGUUAUCAUUAUGGGACCUGAGGAAGAGACUGCUGGAGAUGUAGAUAUUACUACAGAGGAAACUGUUAAGGUGCCAGAACUCAAGAAAGACGAAGAAGAGGAAGAAGUAAAACCAAGCAUUAAGGUUGAUACAGCAACAGGUUUAUCAGGACCAACAGAAGAAACUAAAGUAGAAAAACCUAAAGUAGAGGUUGACAUACCAGAACUGCCAGAAGACGACAAGGUGAUAGAACCUGAGGAUGAUACAACAAGUGAAACUACUGUUCCGGUGGAGGUAGAACCAACAGAACCUCCCGCUGACAUGAUUAAGAUUAUUCCACCUGAGAUUCCAACAGAAGACGCUGAGCCUGGUGGGAACACUCAUUAUUAUCACCCUGAGGAGCCAGACAAUAUGCCUUUCCUGCCCAUAGAGGACUCACUGCCUGAAGAGGACAAAAGUCUACCUGAAUAUGUGGAUUAUACACAUCCCGAGAAUAAACACCCUGAGGUGCCAAGUAUUGAGGAAGCUGAAACAACAUCAGAGGUAGCAGAGGUCAUAACAGCAGAGCCUUCUGAGGACACUGCAGCUGCUGUUCAACCCGGUGAAUCAACAGAAGCUGAAGCUCAGCCUGAUGAAGUCACUGAGACAUCUGCACCAGACAAAGAGCCACCGCCUGCUGAGGAGAGAGAAGGAGACACUGAUGAAACAGACCUCAUCCCUGACGGGGGAGAAGAUGAUACCAAAUCAGUCCCAGAAGUAACCCAACCCACAGCAACUACAGCAUCUGCAGACAUGGGGCUUUUCGAAGUGGUGCCAACAGACGCACCUGUGAUAACACCAGUACCUGCUCAUGAGGAGGAUAAAUCAUCUACAAGAUCACCUGAAGAACCUGCAAAUGUGGAGAAUAUUGAAGCCAAAGACACUGGGGAAAUAGAAGGAACAGAGGAAGAGGAGGGAGAGGCUCCACCUGAGGACAUUGAUACUGAUGUGCAGGAUCUCGCCAAGGAGCUGGAUCAGAUGGAUGUGUUGAGCACAGAGACCAUGGAUCUUCUAAGCUACGGCACUGGGUACACUUUCCCUAAUGAAGAACAUCCAUUUGAGAGCACAGUUGCUCCUCCCCUCAAAUAUCUGACGACACCUUCAAUGACCACAGCAAGCAAAGGCAAAGAGUUAGUGGUGUUCUUCAGUUUGAGGGUCACAAAUAUGAUGUUCUCCGAUGACCUCUUUAACAAGAGCUCUCCUGAGUACAGAACACUGGAAAACAGAUUUGUUGAACUGCUACUGCCAUACCUGCAGUCCAACCUAACUGGAUUCAAGCAGCUGGAGGUUCUGAACUUCAGGAACGGGAGCGUGGUGGUCAACAGCAAGAUGAAAUUUGCCAAGUCUGUGCCGUACAACAUCACCCGAGCUGUCCACUGUGUUCUGGAGGACUUCUGCAACGAGAUUGCCCAGCGUCUAGACAUAGAGAUCGACAGCCAUUCGCUAGCCGUGGAACCAGGUGAUCGAGCUGACCCGUGCAAGUUUCUGGCCUGCAACGAGUUCUCCCGCUGCGUGGUGAACCGCUGGACGAAGGAGGCGGAGUGUCUGUGUGAUCCGGGAUACGUCACGGUGGACGGACUGCCCUGCCGGAGCGUGUGUGAAGUCCAUCCUAAUUUCUGUCUGAAUGGUGGCGAGUGUGAAAUUGUACCAGGGCAUGGAGCAGCUUGCAGAGAACGUGACACCACCACACUGCCAGGUCUGACAAGUUAAUCAUACACACAGCAGAUCUUGACAGUGUUAUAGAUCUCAAUGAGAACCAAGACUUCCGGAUGAGUGAAGGACUUCGUAAUAUGUUUGUCGAGGACUAAAGUAGAGAGUGUUAAAAUGUGAAAGCUGGUAAUGAACUGCUCGGAGAACACUGCCGCUCCUGAGCUCUACAGUAAUAGACAGCGGUUACAUCUGAAUUCCUGAAGCACUGCAGUGGACCAGUGUGUGUGUGUGUGUGUGUUUGGGGGGGAGUGGGUGGUGUUAGGGGUUAUUAUUCACCUUUUCCAGUGACUACACAAAGCCAUGAUGUACUUAUUGACGAAAAAGAACAGGAGUCAAAGGGGAUGACAUCAAUUUGGUCAGGGUAGGGGCAUUAAGGGACUGUUCACCGCUGGGGGAAAAAGGGGGUUUUCGCUAUUGUUUUCCUCACAAUGAGGCCAUCAUUGUUCUGUCUGCCCUGGGAGAAGCACAAGAAUGAUGUGUUAACUUGCUUUUAAAUGUUCUCGAACAAAAUGUUACCUUUUGUGUGUGUGUGUGCGUGUGUGUGUUUGAGGCAUGCUUUGGGUUUCUAAUUGUUAUAAAAUAGUACCUUAGUCUGCGCAGACUGAAAUUAGCGAAGCCAAAAAAAAAAACUAAAAGAGCCAGGCAGUUCAAAAGAAACGUUUUUGAAAGUCAUUUAAAUUUGUUGGAUAGUAAUCUCUGUUAAUUAUUCUUAGCUGUAGUUAAUGAUUGUGGAAAUUCUCUAGCUUCUUUCUUUGGUUUACAUUGUUAGAAUUAAUGUUCUUUUUUCUUUUUGCUGUUAAUUGUUCGUACAGCGUCGGAAUAUGGCCAUUGUUAUGCUUGAAUAGCAAUGGAUAGCAAUGAAUUUCAAAACAUUGCAACGCAGAUGGAAACAGAGAGGAUGAUCAUUUUUGUUGUCUUUUAUAAACUUUGCACUGCUGUGAAAAUAAAAUUAUUUUUCCAAUUUAA